CAACAACCACCACCACCACCUCUGUGGCUUGUCCCUCCUUUCUGCCAGCCCUUUGUUUGAUUUCCCCCCCCUUUUCCCCUCCUUUUUUUCUCUUCUACUUAUAUUUUCUCUCCCCCAGCCAACUCACCUUGCGUCCUCCCCACCGCACUGCACCGCACCGCACCACUCGAUCGUCGUCGCCCGUGACUCAUGCGGAAUGCCGUCUAGAAUCCAGCGGUCUCUGUUGGACAGUGAAUAAUCUCCUCGUCGCUCCAGAUACCCACGAUGCAGUCAUUAUCGCGUACGGACAGCCUGAAAACCCAACGCCUGGACACUGACAGCUUCGUCGCCUUCGACCAUGCCGCCGCCGGACAUGACGGCGUCCAGUGCACCCUGUCCGGCUCCUUCAUCGCAAAGCCCUGCACCCCGCAAGAAGUCGCGUUCUACGAGUCCAGCGCCCUCCACCCAGACUUCGCCAACUUCAUUCCCACCUACAUCGGGACCCUAACCUCUGCAGACCAGCAGCAAUCCCUCCUCGUGGCCGCCCAAGAAGCCGGGGCGAUCGUCCUGCCCGGUUCGGAUUACUCGUCGACAUCGGACACCCCCACCGCGACCGGCCCGACUCCGCCCAGCGCAGUCGCAGACCUCACGAGUGCCGCAACAGAGUCAUCAUGGGUGCCCUCGGGCGGCAAGAAGCUGGAAACGGGGCUGUCGAUCGUGCUGGAGAACGUGGCUGCCGGGUUCAAGCGGCCGAAUGUGCUGGACGUGAAGCUGGGCGUGAGACUCUGGGCGGACGACGCGCCCCCCACCAAACGCGCGAAGCUGGAUGCCGUGUCCAAGGAGACGACAAGCUCAAAGCUGGGAUUCCGCAUUGCCGGGAUGAAGGUGUGGACGGGCGUUAGCGGGGACAGCGAUGAGGGGAGCAAAACGGAUCCGUAUGCCACCAAGUACGAAGGGUCGGAGGGAGCCCGCGGCGAGGUCAUCGAGAAGGAUGGCUACAAGCGCUACGACAAGUGGUACGGGCGGUCGCUCAAUGAGAAUAAUGUCACGGAGGGGUUCCGGAUCUUCCUCGCCGGAGCGAAAGCCGGGGCCGUUGACCGGUCCCAGAUGGUGGCGCAGCGGUUGGCCGAUGAACUGAGAAAGGUACAGCACGUUCUCGAGUCCGAGGAAAGCCGGAUGUAUUCCUCGAGCGUGUUGAUCGUCUACGAGGGCGAUCCGGACGCGAUGGAGUUUGCGCUGGAGGAGGAACAGAAGCCCCGACCUGAGCCGGAGGACGAGGACGACGAGGACGACGAGGACGACGGGCUGGAAUUCCAGCUCCAGCCCGACGGGUCAUUCCAGGUAGUUGAUAUCCCGCUUGGUCAGGGCACGACUUCCCACCAAGCGAUCAACAUCAACAUUGACCCGGAAACAGCAGGACUGGACGGUCUAGAAGAGGACGAGGACGAGGAAGAGCCUCCGAAGGUGCACGACCUUCGACUGAUCGACUUCGCCCACGCCAGUUGGACGCCGGGCGAAGGGCGCGACGAGAACGUCCUCAAGGGGAUCCGGAGUUUGAUCCAGACCCUGGACGAGCUUGCUGCGUCGUAAAGUGUACGAUAACGGCAUCGCAGUCGCUGGCGGCUGAUGCUGACAAGACUACCACUGGCUGUAUUUAGCUGAAGAUUGCUUAGCCAUAUGGAAAUAGCUUAC